UCAAGAUGUCAUGCCGUAGCGGCAUGCGCCUCUCUUCCCUCAUUCGGGGGACUGUCACAGCUACAGAGGCCUUGCUAGGAAGCACUGCAUCGUGUAGCUCGCAGCGAUUCCGAGGAGUGGUGCGUUCUCAGUCAAACCCACCUACAACAAAUAGGAGGCGAAGAAUCACCGGGGUGCCCGCUGAUCGAGGAGGUAGCGCGAUAGAAGAUCUUGUGGUUCCACGAGUUGUACAGCCUCCACGUACUACAGUAAUUGGCUACGAGCAAUGGGCUGAAGGGCUGGAUUCAGAAAAUAUGGGUUUGGCAUUAGAUGAAUUCUUUCGAAGAAAAAAAGUACGGGAAUUGGCAACGGAAAAUGGUCUGAAUACGAAGCUAUUUGUCACGGCAUAUCGCUCGUUCCGGGAAUAUUGCCUAAGCGAAAAGGGAGGUGUUGAGCCUGCAUUAUUGGUGCUCUUUCAUGAUAUCAUAAAGGAAGGUCAUGAUGUUGAAAGACUUUUUCCUUUCUUUCUCACUCACGCUCGUAAGGUGUUCCCCCACUUGGAAGCUAUGGAUGAUCUGCGUAUGAUUUCUGACCUAACGCAACCACAUAAUUGGUAUCCUGAUGCUCGAACAGUGCAGCGGAAAAUCAUAUUCCAUGCUGGUCCAACAAACUCAGGAAAGACCUAUCAUGCUUUGAAAAGGUUUGGAGAUGCUAAAAGCGGCAUAUAUUGUGGACCUUUAAAACUCUUAGCCAGUGAAGUAUUUACACGAAGUAAUGAGCUGGGUAUCAAGUGUGAUUUAGUCACUGGAGAGGAGCGAAGGUACGCUGUAGACAACUUUCAUCCAAGCGCACAUUUGUCAUCUACAGUUGAGAUGUUGUCUACGCAAAUGCGUGUUGAGGUGGCAGUGAUUGAUGAGAUUCAAAUGUUGCGCGAUGAACAGCGUGGAUGGGCCUGGACAAGAGCUCUAUUGGGUGUAGCAGCGGAUGAGGUGCAUCUCUGUGGAGAACCAGCAGCUGUAGAUAUAGUAAAGAAGCUGCUGGAGCCGAUUGGUGAACACGUCGAGGUGCGUUACUAUGAGAGGAAGACUUCGUUGACUGUUGCAAAUCAGGGUUUAGGAUCACUCGAUCAUAUACAACCCGGCGACUGCAUAGUAUGUUUCAGUCGCAAAGCUAUUUACAACAUCACAAAAAGUCUCGAAAAAUUGGGAGUGAAACCGGCUGUCAUCUACGGAGACCUGCCACCCGGAACGAAGCUAGCUCAGGCUGCGAAGUUCAAUGAUACCAAUGAUCCUUGCAACGUUUUGGUGGCUACCGACGCAAUAGGCAUGGGUUUGAAUUUGAAUAUCCGCCGCAUAAUAUUCUCCGGAUGCACCAGACAAGGUGAACUGCUACCUAGCUACUCAGCUCUGCAGAUAGCCGGAAGAGCUGGCAGAUAUGGUACGAUGUACGCAGACGGUAUAGUAACCACUUUGCGCAAUGAAGACAUUGGAACGCUUCGAGAAAUUCUGAGCCAACCGGUCGAACCGAUUGAGACAGUUGGUAUAGCUCCCACUUUUGAGCAGAUCGAAACAUUUUCCUUCCAUCUACCUCAGGCCUCAUUCGUGCAUCUGUUAGAUUUGUUCGUAUCAGUUUGCUCGGUCUCUGAUCAGUUUUUCAUUUGCACUGUCGAGCAGAUGAGGACCCUAGCUGAUCUUAUAGAUUACAUUCCACUUCCUUUGAAGGUACGAUACACAUUCUGCAUUUCUCCCAUAAAUGUUGAAAGCAAACUAACCGCAGCAGCAUUUGUCAAAAUGGUACGAAGGUUCUCCUCAGGGCAGUGUUUGACUUAUGAUUGGAUGAUGGAUAUGUUGAACUGGGAGUCUAUUGGACCGCCUGAAAAUUUGCAGCAGCUGGAGCAUCUUGAAAAGGUUUAUGAAGUGCUAGACACUUAUUUAUGGUUGUCACUGCGAUUUCCGGAUAUGCUCCCUGAUGAACAACCGAUCCGUGACGUCUGCAAACAGCUGGAUGCAAUGCUACAGGAAUCUGUAGACAACAUUUUGGAAAUACUGGAGAAUUCAGCAAUGGGGGAUGCUCGCAAGGGUUCAUUACUGAAGAAAAUGCGAGAGCGUGCGCAAACUCAACGAGAAAAGGAAGAGUUUGAAGCACAACAAAGGAAAGAGUUAAAGAUGCCAGAGAAACGGAAAGGGAUCAAAAAAUCCGUUUUGCAAUCAGUUCUGUCACGGACUGGAUUGUCAAAAGAAGAAUUGGAACAACUCAAGGAAGAACUGAAUGAACAAAAGUAGAUAUUGAUUAGUUAUCGGAGAAUUUUAGUUAUGUAGGUUUAGUUCAAAUUACUUGUUUUUUUUCUCUGAUGCAUUUUAGGUCUAGUCUAUCAUAUAGCAGCAAUGUG